AUGACCAUAGUAAACAGCCCCAACGUGCUGGUGACCAGUCUGACUUUGCUGUUCAAUGAGGGCUGUCCAGCGCUGACCAUGGACCUAACAGGCGACCUCAGCAAGCUCCCAGUGUUUAUCCUAAAGGAGGGAGUGCAGUACAGGAUUAAGAUACUCUUCAAGGUGAAUCGUGAGAUCGUUGCCGGAUUGAAGUACUAUCAUGUCACCUCAAGAAAAGGAAUAACAGUGGAUAAAGAUGCAUACAUGGUGGGCAGUUAUGGGCCGCGGGCCGAGGAACACGAGUUUAUUUCUAGCGUGGAAGAAGCUCCUAAAGGCAUGAUUGCACGCGGCCAUUACACCAUCAAGUCUCGCUUUAUCGACGAUGACAAGAACGUCCACUUGGCUUGGGAGUGGGGCGUCCAUAUCAAUAAAGACUGGAAAGGGAACGUGCUUUUAAAACCAUCAGGUUCGGAAUAA